AUGGCCAAUGAUGUACACAACAUAACGGAGGACUCAGAAGCCAAAGAUGAAAAACAUCGCCUGCAGUUCUUAUACUCACCACAAGGGAGCGAUCUAAUGAAUGAUAGGUACAGACAGGAAAGAAGAGAGUCCUUUAUAGAUCACAUGACCACCUCCAAGAGGAUGGAUGAGGACCGGAGUCAAAUAAGUGAGCAAAUAUUGAACCUCACCCUGGAGAUCAUCUACCUGCUCUUGGGCGAGCAUGAAGAACAGAUGUAUAUGAAAGUUGAGGUGAAAGUGGAAGAGGAGGAGACCUACGUGAUGAGAUAUCAGCAGGCCAUGGAGGAGGAGGGGAUGAUGGUGAAAAUCAAGCAGGAGGAAUCUUUUCUAGAAAUCAGCAGAGACGGCCGCCAUGUCCGGAAUACCUCGGAGGGAGAUCUUCACUCUGAAGGGAAUCACAUACGUCCAAUGAUACACCACAGAACAUAUUGUCUGGAGACAUCAUUGGAUCCCUCUAAUCCUGAGGAAUCUUCUGACCAAUCACAUCACAUGACUUCAGAUAUCCAUCUCGGUUUCCACAGUGAAGAUCCGUCUACAGAUCCAACUAUCCCCGAGGAAUCUUCUCUCAGCCAUGAAGGAGAUCACACAGGAGAGAGGUCAUUGUGUUGUUCGGGGUGCAGGGAAUACUUUAGGAUGAAAUCUGAACUUCUUCUACAUCUCAAAACCCACAACCAUGUGACCUGUUCAUGUCCAGAGUGCGGGAAAUUUUUCACUGAGGAAAGCGAGCUUCUUAAAUACCAUGACAGUCACAAUGGUGAGAAUUCUUAUUCCUGUUCAGAGUGCGGGAAACACUUCAGUACAAAAGCAUACCUUGUUUUACACCAAAGAAUUCACACAGGUGAGCGUCCUUAUUUAUGCCCAGAGUGCGGGAAAAGUUAUUUUGACAAAAGAAACCUUCUUAAACACCAGCAAAUUCACACAGGUGAGCGAUCAUUUUCAUGUCCAGAGUGUGGGAAAGGUUUUUCUGAUAAAAGAACCCUCCUUUUGCACCAUAGACUUCACACGGGUGAGCGGCCUUUUUCAUGUUCAGAGUGUGACAAACGUUAUGCUGACCAUGCAAGUCUUCAUAGACACCAGAAAAUCCACACGAGUAACCGUCCAUAUUCAUGUUUAGAGUGCAGAAAAAGGUUCUCUGAUAAAGGACAGUUUCUUACGCACCAACAAACCCACACAGUUAAGCGUCCUCAUUCAUGUUCAGAGUGCGGGAAAGGCUUCCUUCGGAAAGCAGGACUUAUUGCACACCAGAGAAGUCACACAGGUGAGCGUCCUUUCUCAUGUGCAAAGUGUGCAAAACGUUUUUUGAAGAAAGGGGAACUUUUUAGACACCAGAGAAUUCACACAGCUGAGCGUCCUUAUCAAUGUUUAGAGUGUGGGAAACGUUUCACUUUGAAACAAAAACUUGUUACACAUCAGAGAAUUCACACAGGUGAGCGCCUUUUUUCAUGUUCAGAGUGCGGUAAAUCUUUCACUCAGAAAGGAGAGCUCUGUAGACACGAGAGAAUUCACACAGGUGAGCGUCCCUAUUCAUGUUCAGAGUGUGGGAAAAGUUUCACUCAGAAAGGAGAGCUUUUUAGGCACCAGAGAAUUCACACGGGUGAGCGUCCCUAUUCAUGUUCAGAGUGUGGGAAAUGUUUCACACAGAAAGGACACCUUCUUUCACACCAAAUAAUUCACACUGGUGAGCGUCCAUAUUCAUGUUCCGAUUGUGGGAAAUGUUUCACCGUGAAAGGAAGCCUACUUAGACACCAGAGAGCUCACACAGGAAAGCAUUCUUGUUCAAGUUCAGAAAUGGGUAAUGCGGACAGUGUUUCGCCCAAAAAGGAAAACUUCUCAUACAUCAGAUAA